UCGGGGCGGUAACGAGCGCGUGCACGAGCGGGUGCGCGAGGCAGUAGCGCUUGAUGCUGCUUCUGCUGCUGCUGCUAAUAUCAGCCUACCUAAAAGCGAGGGUAGCGGCGCUGAAGCCGACCGGCCUCGGGUAGGGGGAGAACCUUGGGGGGUUUUUGUUUUUGGUUUUUUGCUCGGCAGCUUUUAAAGUCAACCAAUACCCAGACCGCCGCCCCGCCACGGGAAGCUCAUCAGUCUACUCAGCUGAUACCUGACAACUAUAUUAAAAAUGGCUGCUAGCAAGGCAAAAAGUCAAAGCUCUCUUGCCCUUCACAAAGUAAUCAUGGUUGGUAGUGGAGGCGUGGGCAAAUCAGCACUUACACUUCAGUUUAUGUAUGAUGAGUUUGUUGAAGACUAUGAACCAACCAAGGCUGAUAGUUACAGAAAAAAAGUUGUUCUAGAUGGUGAAGAAGUCCAAAUAGAUAUUCUGGAUACAGCUGGGCAGGAAGAUUAUGCAGCUAUUCGAGACAACUAUUUCCGGAGUGGAGAAGGUUUUCUCUUAGUUUUCUCCAUAACUGAGCAUGAAUCCUUUACAGCCACAGCAGAAUUUAGAGAACAGAUUCUCCGUGUAAAAGCUGAAGAGGAUAAAAUACCAUUACUAGUAGUGGGAAACAAAUCAGACUUGGAGGACCGUCGACAAGUGCCUGUAGAAGCUGCUCGAAGUAAAGCAGAAGAGUGGGGGGUGCAGUAUGUAGAGACAUCAGCAAAAACAAGAGCAAAUGUAGAUAAGGUAUUUUUUGAUUUGAUGAGAGAAAUUAGAUCCAAGAAAAUGUCAGACAAUAAAGACAAGAAUGGCAAAAAAAGCAGCAAGAAUAAGAAGAGUUUUAAAGAACGAUGUUGCUUAUUGUGAUCUUUAAGAGCUACACUUGUAGAUGACAGUACUAACAAGACAUUUUACUACUAACAAUAGAGGACUGAAUUAAUAAGAAGAAAUCUGAAUUCAAUACAUUUUUCAACUCACAUUGAUAUGAGAAGUUCAACAGAUCCAUGUAUACCAAGAAGGAUGAUUCUUGAAAGCAGCUGUCACUGGUAAACAGUAAUGCAAGCAUUUUUUCCUUGUAUCAUAAGCAAUUUACCUGUUAGUCGUAUGGUGCACUCUGAAUUUACCUCCGGAUGCUGCUCCAAGGGCACUCCUCAACAACUCUUCACUAUCCUUUUUUGUUUAAAUGGCAAGUUUUCAUUGAUAUUCCACCAAAGUUACCUGUCUUUUCUUUGUGGUUUCAUUUUGUGUGCUCUUAAAGGCUUAAGUCUUUGGUGAUUUUUUUUUAAACCACAAGUUGACAAAAUUGUAUAGUGCUGCUUAAAAUAAGUUAUGGUGGUAUCAGUUUUGCUGCUUUGCCAACACAUUAGAUUGACAGCAUAAGGCUUUAUCUUAAAAACAACAACCCUGAGCAGUGAGUUAGCAUUUCCAUAAUGACCAUAGUAAAUUUCAGAACAUUAGUAGUUAUAUUCUGGCAAAUUAUAUCGCCUUAAAUUGGGAGUAAAUAAACUAGGCAUCUUUGAGGCAGAGGAGAGUUCUAAGCUUAACCCAAUUUUUCAAUACAUUUGUUGAGAAUUGUGGUUCUUGAAAUCCAAGACUUAUGAAUGACAUCAAGCUAGAAAUUUUUUAUUCCAUUGAGUAAUUCUACCCUUCCUCCCAAAGGCUUGGUUUCCUCCCAAAAUGUGGACAUUUUUACUCAUGGUGUUGUGAUGGUUCUUGGUCAUGUAUUGAAACCAUAGUGUUUGCUACAUUUGCUCUCAAUGUUUAACAGAAGGGUGUUUUUUUUUUAAUGUGAAAGUUCACAUUCUGUAGUUUCAUGAAUUGGAUACAGUCUUUGUUUUAAAAGUGGGUGGUUAAAAAAAACCCACCAGUCCUUAUCAUGCACUUACUCCAUUUGAACUAUAAAAAAAAAUUAAGAAACUUAUACAGAAAAUGUUUCCAGCCGUUUGUUUGAACCAGAGAAACUUAAUGAUGCAUUAUAGUUGGCUGUACUCUCUUUCUCCCAUGAGAGUUGUUGGUAUCUGCCUAGGUGAUACCAAGACACAGAGUUCCACUCCUGAGUGAGCACUAAUUCCUUACUGUUUUCCACAUUGUGGAGCAGUGGUGGCUAAAUUAAAAAGAUGGAGAUGGACAGUCUUUUCAUAUAUCUAUAUCCAAGGUUAAUGUUGAGGUAUUGCCAAAAAGUCUGACCCUUCACUUUCCUUGUGCAAAAACUUUUUAUAGUUAUUCACUGGAUAAUGGGAUAAAGUUUAUACAGAUGGCUAAAUUUAUUCAGUUACCAUUUUUUUCUUCUUUUGUCACUGAUCAUUAAUGGGGUCAAUAAAAAUGCCAUGUAGAAGUAUAUCAUUACACUUUUAAAAAUAGCUCUGGCUGAUUUAUUAAACCAUUCUUUCUCAAUUUGGUGCUCUUUUAAACUGAAUUUUUCUUCAUUUCCAAACAGGAUGUGAGAGGAACCCCAAAAAAGCACCAAGCUGGAAAAAGUUCCAUUGAGCAGAUAUACUUUAUAUAAAUGCUCUUCUCUGGUCAGUCAUAAAAAAUACUUUUUCAGAUUGUAGAGUACUUUAAAAAUUCCAAGAAUAAGCAUGUAUCAUGAUGCUUUGGAAAAUUUAGAGUACCUAGCUUAGAUCUGGGCAUGCUUUAAGAGAAGGAGUUUUAAGAAUAGGGGUUAUGAUACCACAUAAAACUAAGUCACAUAAAUCAAUGCGCCAGGAUUCUAUCCCUUUACCUUCGUUUUUUUUUUCUUUUUCACAACUUUUUGGAAUUGUUAUGUCUGUAUUGGAGUAUAUACACUGUUUUCAUUUAGCAUGUGGCAUGAAACUGCUUUGAUCAUUUUCAGUAAAGGCUUCGGAAGGCUUGAGAAAAGAGGGCUGUGCAGCAUUUCAUAUGGUUCCAUACCCAUGACUUGAAAAAGUGAUAAAUCAACUGUUUCAGACAUAAGCAAUAUUAGAAAAUAGGGAAAUAAACAAGUAGCAGUAUGAAGAAGAAAAAUACCAUCAUGUCUGGAUAUUUAAAAAAUUGAAGGUUAUGUCUGAAUAUAAAGAUUAGAUUUAUCAAUUAAGGUUAUGUGAAAAAAAUACCAGAUAAUGCUAAAAUAGGAAAACUAUAAAGAAGUUUUAUUUACUGUAUAUUAGCAUUUUGGCAUGUUGACUUUAUAUUGCCAUAAUAACACAGUGAUAAAUGAUACAUGAAUGUAUAAGCUGAAGCAGAUAUCCAGUUCACAUAUUGUUACUGUGGGUUAGAGAAGGCAGGAUGUGACUAUGUUUAUGGGAUCUGGCAAGACAAAUUAAAACACCACAGAUUGCUCUUCCAACAACCAAAGAAUGGAUGAGGUUCAGUGUCAUCUAUCCUAAAUGCAAAUGGAGAUGUCAUAAUUUUCAGAAACAGAGCUUUCAGUAACAAAGCAUUCUUUGGGGAUGUAGAUUUGACAGAUACCUAUUUUUAUGCAUACAACAAUCUGGAACCUGUAGAUUUUAUUUUGAACAGGAAUGGGCAGUAUGUAACCUUCCAGAUGCUGCUGAAUUGUCAGCCCCAGUGAUCAUAGGCAUAUGCUUUCAGCAAUCAUGAAGGAAGGUAGAGCUUCAUAGCCAUCUCUGAAAUAGGUAAACAUAACUACAAUGAGAAACUUGAACAAAAAGAACCUUGGUAAUUUUUUUAAAGAAGCUAGGGGAUUUAUGCAAUAAGAAAGAGAGCAAAAAAGAUGUAAUUCAUGUCUCUCUGGUUUCUAUAUGUAGAACCUAAUUUAAUAUCGCAUGACCUUUAGCGUGAAGGAGUGAAGGAGCUACAGAAAUUUACUGGAGAAAAUAACUUGCAUAGUUUAGGCAUUAAUUUAGCAUUUUGUUUUUAAUCUUUGCAAGCAGCUCAAAAUCAUUUGUGUGAGAUGCAUGGCCAUAUAAAUUUAGGCAUACACAGAUUCAAGGUUCAGAAUGGAAUCUGAGGAAGGCUUUAGUUUUUGAAAGAUCCACAUGAGCCUUGCAAUUACAGAAAUGUUGUAACUCUUUGAGAGAGAUCCUUCUUAAUAUACCUUAAAACUGCUUCUUUUUUAUGCUUUGUGCAGCCUUAAUUGAUACUCUGAUCCUUUAUUCAGUGGAAAUUUGCUGCCUAAAUUCAUUAAAUGUAUUCCCCUAUAAUGUCUUAAAAAUGGAGCAAUUGAUUUAGAAGUUGUUUACUUUAAAAAACAAUCUAUGAAAUCAGUAUUAUUUAACAUUGUUUAAGAAUUAAACCAUGAUUUCACUUGGGUUUCUCAGUUGCUGAAUUACAGUUCCCAGCAUCCCUCAUCCUUGCCUAUGCUGCUUUGGUUUGUUGCAAAUUCAGAAUCUGCAUCUCCUGACAUAAUUGCUUGACUGCUUAUACUGAAGUGUUUAAAUGAACUUCUAAUAGCAAAUGGUGCACAUUCUUCAGAGGAUUUGAACUGUGAUAGCAUCAGUGACUGCGUAUUCACAACAACUGGGGACAGUAAACAUAGGAAGCUGUCUCAUAGUGACUCACAUCAUUGGAUCUAACUCAGUAUUAGUCCCUCUGAUCAGUAACAGUUGUCCAAAAUUCCUAAUUUGACUUUUUCAAGCUCAUAUGAAAUAAGUCAAGUGAUGAGAUUUGGUAUAUGUAAUUUGGUUUUUAUUAAGUAUACAAAUGAAUGCAUUUUUCUCCUGCCUAUAAACCAGCUGUUGGGAAUCUGGAUCUUGAGAAGUAUAGGACCUAUUUCAAAACUUUAUCCGUUCUAGGAAUUAUAGGAGAUGAAGUCUACUCAUACUUGGAAAAUCACAGUCAUACAUGUUUGAGCUGUACGUGUAAAAGCAUCUGUAGAAAUUGGAUUCUACAUAUGUGACAAUUAAUAAACCAUAUAUGGUCCCAGACAUUCAUUUUUGCAUUUAACUGUUAUGUAGUUUGAGUUGAUUUCUGUGCUUAUUUUAUAAAUACCUUACGAACUAAAACUAGUCAGGCAAAAUAACAAAAAACAGGUUGUGAGCAUGACACUCAUUCCAUAAAGUAGUUGAUCAAAACAUUUAGAAUGUUAAAAUUUAGUUAUAAUUGGGAAAUAAUUUUAAAGACCCCAAAUUAUUUGUUCAGAAUUUUUGUCGGAGAGAGAACUAACAAGUAUAUUUUCUUGUAAUAAAACAAACACUGAUAUUAGAGGGAGA